CGAGAACCAAACCUCAACAAAACCAGCAGUGACAGCAUGCUCCUACAUGACUCGUCCUAGAACAUAGUCACGGCUGUGUUUGACAAUGCGGUUUCGAACCCAGUUGGCCAAUACCGUCACUUUUGCCAGUGAGUCCUGUCAAUAAGAACUAGUUACCCCCGCCGAUAGCCCGCGUCGAGCUAAGCAUGCAUAUCUCAAGAACUAACCGCAUCUCUCUCAUCCCUGGGCAAAAUAUGUUGGAUGCGUCUCGAAGCUGAUGCCAUCCGGUUUACGAUCAUCCCCGACCAAGGCACGCAGGUGUGGGCUCAGUUGCCGGUGGAUAGCAUCUUUGAGGAAUCUACAUACAACCUCGUAUCUAACUCGGGGGUAAUCAACCUCGAAGUCCCCAUUGGAGCACUCAAUCGCGCUCUCCGAUCCGCCAUCGGCGCGUCAAGCGCGCACAUCCGACUCACGAAGAAGGGGAACAUCCCCCUUCUCGCGCUGACGAUUAUCUCAUCAUCAUGGACACAGGGUAACAAUGCCCUUGGCAUUGUUGGAAACGAAAACGAACCCGCUCCAACAGGAGACGACACGACUACUGUUACUGCUGAUCAUGACGGCAACAAUCCCAGAGGUCCUGAAGGAGGAGCUGGCCCCCGCGAACGCGAAACGGUAAUAACCCAAGAAGUCCCCGUGAAAGUCCUCCAUGAAUCAGUAGUGCGAGGUCUCCACGAACCUCGCUGUCGCGACCCAGACGUCCACAUCAUCCUACCCAGUCUGAUCCAGCUGAAAAACAUCUCGGAGCGCUUCAACAAGCUAGCCACUGAUGCAAAUACAAGUGCGAAAUUGAAAGCGUCGUCUUCGAUUACAGUGUCUACUAUGUCUUUGGUCUCGCCGAAAUUGGAGUUAUCGGCCAACAUGCACGGGUCCCUGAAGCUAGCUAUCGCGACGGAUGCGCUGCGCAUCUCGAGCGUGUGGAGUGGCCUGGUCAACCCGCCGCUUGAUACGGAGCGGCUGUCGCAGACGGAGAUUGAGCAGUUACCGAGUGAGCGAAUGCGGGCCUUGGCUAGUGAUGACGAGGCUGGUUGGGCUAAAGUGAGGAUUGACGGAAAGGAUUGGGGACGCGUGUUGAGUAUUGGUCGGUUGAGCCCGAAGGUCGUUGCUUGUUUCAUAAACGAAACAGCGCUCAUACUCUAUGUUUAUCUACCUGGAAGUUGGAAUGGGGAGGAGUCUUGCUUGACUUACUAUAUCAAUUCCUACUCCAGCUGAGUUGUUUCUGAAGACAAAUAUGUAUUCCACACAUUGCAUUGCCAUUAGAUUAUAGUGAUGUUUGACAAAGUAUGAUAGAAGAACAAUUAUUACAAGUAAUAUGAUCAAACACGACAACAUUGUAAUCGCAUCAAGUAGGAAAACAAGGUCAGUAAAAGACAUAGAAAAAAAAAAAAAAUAAUAUCAACAUCACUCAAUGGUCAUAGUCUGGAUGGCCAAGUCCAGAACUCAUCCCAUACACCAGUAGGUGCGGUGAAAGCCAUGGUCAAUAUACAAGACGUAAAAUGCAUCUCAUGUAAAAAGCAAUAAUGUAAUAGUACAAAUGAAAUAGCGUGUCCUGGAACAGACAUGUUCACGCAAUAAUCUUCUGUGGUAGCACGAAGAGAGCUCCAGCAAAAGAAUGAUCCGCGUAUCCGGCUGCUCGAUCUGUCAUUGCAAAA